CCUUCUCUGCUACAAAACCGUCGGCCUUCGCAUGUGUUCGAACAAUCAUGAUACCUACGUCUGGACAGGUUUCCAAGUGCCGAUCUAUCUGUACAAGCUUGUCGGUCCGCAGACCAUGGACUAUGCCGGUUACUAUUCUUUUGUCCUUCCUCUAACGUCUUCGUUUAUUUCUUCUAUCCUUACAUCAUCCCUACUCCGUAUUCUUCUAUCUCCGCCUACACUAUGCUCCAAGCAACGGGCAUCGACAAAGCUGGUCGUCGCUCUCUCGCUCGUCCUACGGCUUUUCACGCCGUUAUCUCGGUUCGUCCGGCAUAAUAAGCAUGCGCACGCUGCGCCCAGUACCCGCAAAACUCACAUCGUAAGCUCGACUAAGGACGUUCAGCGGCAUCAAAUGCCUCGCAGUCGGUCAGUGGUCAGCACGCCGGCAUGUUCUGCCGGACUCGUGUCAGAUCUUGCCAAGCCGGGGGCCAAAGAACUUGAUCAAGUCGAGAUCGACAAUAGGCACUUUACUGGUCCCUCGUUGAUUUAGAUUAUAACAUUGAUAUCAACGGCCCAACGCCGCCAUAGGAGACCGAUAGUGGGCAGUAGACAGCGCUAACUCGCAGUCUGCUCUCUCGUUUUACGAGACUUGCCGAUGGAGUCUUGCCGUUGACGAUACUAAGAACCAGGUCCCGUGGGCCGUGCAAAUAUUUGCCAAUUUAUCAGUCUACCCCUCUAUCUGACGAGUC